AUGAGCCGGUCCUUCGGCGACGACUUCGGCCAGCGCAUCGACCUCGCCGUGCGCAUCCGCGAGAUCCUGCGCAACUACCCGGAGGGCACGUCCAUCGUCAAGGAGCUCGUCCAGAACGCCGACGACGCCGGCGCGCGCACCGUCGCCAUCUGCGUCGACGCGCGGCGCCACGCGGCCCGGUCCUGCGCGAGCGCCGCGGCGGAAGAGCUCCAGGGCCCCGCGCUGCUCUGCUACAACGACGCUCUCUUCCGGGAGGCCGACUUCGCGAGCAUCCAGCGCCUCGGCGACUCCGUGAAGCGGAGCGACACUACAAAAACGGGCCGCUUCGGCAUCGGCUUCAACAGCGUCUACCACUUGACGGAGGUGCCGAGCUUCGCGUCGGGUUCCAAGGUCGUCUGGUUCGACCCGCAGUGCGCGUUCCUCCCGGACGUCGACCCGCGCAACCCGGGCAAGAUGGUCGACAUAUUGAAAAACCCGGACGUGCUCCGGAGCUCCGCGGACAUGUUCGCCGGGUUCGACGGCGCCUUCGGCUGGACGGGCGGCGAAAGCUACGCGGGCACGCUGUUCCGCCUGCCCCUGCGCACGGAGGAGCAAGCCAAAACCUCGAAACUGAGCGACCGGCACCACACGGCCGCGUCCCUCGCGCCGCUCCUCGGCGACGUCGCGGCCCAGGCCGCGGAGAUGCUGCUUUUUUUGAAGGCCGUCGAGCGCGUCGCCGUCUACAAGUGGGCGCCCGGCGCCGCGAAGCCCGAGCUCGUCCACGAGGCCGCGAUCCGCGACGUCACCCCGCAGCUCCGGCACCUGCGGGCCGCGCCGCUCCGGGGCCCCGCGCCGGCGACGGCGGAUUUCGCGCUCGACAUCGCCGACGGAUCGGACCGUCAGUCGUGGGUCGUCCGGGGCCAGAUGGGCGGCAAGACCGCGUCCGUCCUCGCGGCGCGCGCCGCGGCGCGCGGCGACAAGCUCCUGCCCUGGGCCGCCGUCGCCGCGCGGCCCGACGUCGCGAAACCCUUCGACGGCCGCGCCUACUGCUUCCUGCCGCUGCCGCGGAAGACGGGGCUGAAGAACGUGCACGUCAACGGCUUCUUCGAGCUCAGCAGCAACCGCCGCGACCUCUGGGCCGCCGGCGCCGAGGACGAGCGCGGCGGCGCCGCGGACGCGCGCGGCGCCUGGCUGUGCGCCUGGAACGCCGCGCUUUUAGCGGACGUCGCGGCGCCGUGCCUCGGUCGCGCGCUCGAGGCCGCGGCGAACUCGCCGGGCGCGGGCGCGCUCUGGCCCGACGCGACCUUCUUCAAGCGGUCGCGCGCGCCCGACGCGGCGCUCUGGCGCGUUUUAGGCGCCGCGGCGCUCGCCGACGUCCGCGAUACGAACCGGUGUUGCCUCCGGACGGCCACCGGGAAGAUCGUCGCGCCGGCCGACGCCAUCGUCGUGCCGCCGCCCGCGGGCGCCUUCGGCGACGGCCCCGGCGUGCCCGCGGACCGACCCGAGCGCGACGCGGUCGUCGCCGCGCUCGCGGACCGCGGCGUCGCCGUCGUCGCCGCGGCCGACGGCGUGCUCGCGGCGCUCGCGCCCGCGACGGCCGCGUCCCCCGAGGGCCGCGGCGUCGUCCGCGUUGUGACGGCGCGGGGCUUCUGCGAGGCGCUCGCCGGCGGCGACGCGCCGCGGGACCGGGAGAGCGGUCUAGCGUUGCUCCGCUACGCGUGCCGGCACCUGGGAGACGACUGGGCCGCGCUCGACGGCUGCCGCCUCCUGCCGCUCAACGGCGGCGGCUUCGGUGUGCUCGCGGCGCUGCCGCCGUCGCGCCCCCACCUCGAGGCCAUGGGCUUCUCGCCCGCCGCGGUGCGCUCCGCGGUCCGGGCGUCGAAAGGAGAAGAAGACGGCGCGGUCGCGGCGCUCCUCUCCGGCGAACCGCCGGCCUUCCCGGCCUACUUUGCGCCCGAGGCGCGGGACCUGCCCCUCCUGCCGCCGCGGACCGCCGCGGACAUAGCCGCGUGCCCGGAAAACUUCCCGGAGCCGCUCCUCGCCCGACUCAACGGCGUCGGGAUAUCGCCGGAGCUCGCGCCGGACGUCGCGCGGCUCUGCCUCGCCAAAGGCGACGGCUGGGCGACGCCCUGGGACGCCGACGCGGCCCCGGCGGCCGAGUCGACGUUCCUCGACGCCGCCGGGCGGCCGACGGCGCCGUGGUACGCGGCGUUCUGGACGCUGGCGCUCCGGGGCGGCGACGCCCAGGCGACGCUCGCGGCCCUCGGCGAGGACCUGCCGGUGCUGCCCACGGCCGACGGCGUCGCCUGCACGCUGGCCAAGGGGAACCCCGUCGUCGCGCGCGGCGUCGCCGGGUUCGUCGAAGUUUUGACGCGGGCGGGCUGCGUCCGCGCGCACGCGUGCCUCGAACUCCACGACCCGGGCCACGCGCUCUUCUCCUACGUCCACGACGCGUCGACGCGGCGCGGCGCGCUCGCGGCCCUGCGCGCGGCGCCGCGCGGCGUCGCCGCGGGCGACGCGGCCGCGGCGCGCGCGUUCCUCGCGGAGCGGCGCCACGCGGCGGACGACGCGGACGCCGCGCAAACCGCGCGGCGCCUGGCCAUCUGGCCGCGCUUCGGCGGCGCCCUCGGCGGUUUAGAAGGCGCCGUCGUGUUGGGCUGGGCGCCCGACGGUUGCUACGCGGCCGCGCUCGACGGAACCGUCGUCGUCCUCGAAAGCGACGCGGAGCGCGCCUACGCGGCCCAACUCGGCCGCGCGCCCCUGGACCGCGCGGCCUUUUUUCUGGAGCGCGUCGCGCCGCUCCUCGCGGCCGACGACCCGCCGCGGGACCUGCUCGUCGCCGUGCUCCGCGACGGCCUCGCGGACGCGAAGCUCCGGAAUACGCUCCGGGACCGCCUCCGCGUGCCGACGCGCGCGGGCGGCGUCGCGCGGCCGCGCGACCUCUACGACUUCGACCGCGCCGUCGACGGCGGCGCGGCGCUCGGGGACCUGCUGCCGGACGCGCUGCUGCCGGCGUUCCACGGCGACGAGGACGACGCGCUCGCCGCGCUCCGGGGCCUGGGCCUGCGGCGCGACCUGGACUGGCCGGCGGUGCUCGCCUGCGCGGCGGCCGUCGAGGCGUCGGGCGACGCGGCGACGGGCGCGAGGCUUCUGGGGGCGUUGGACGCGCGCGCGGACGCGCUCCUCGGCGACGGCCCGCCCGCGCGCGCGGCGAAGAAGCCGGACCACUGGUUCGGCCGCGUCUUCGGCGGCGGCGACGCCAAGGGCGACGCCGACGCCGCCGCGGCCGAGGCCGCGCGCGCGCGCGCGCGCCUCGACCGCGCGCAGAAUGCCUCGCGGCUCGCGGCGCUCCGGUGGCUGCCCGUCGCGGCCGGGCCGCCGCCCGUAGAGGCGCCCGAGGCCGCGGACGAGCCCGCCGCGCCGGCGGACGACGCCGUCGAGGCGCUGGACGCGCCCGCGACGCGGCCGGCGCGGCCGCGGGGCCCCGAAGACGACGCGGCGCGCCUGCCCUGGCUCGCGGAUCCGCCGGCGCUCGCGGCGCCGUCCGCCGCGCGGCCGUACCGCGACGCGUGGGCCUGCUCGGCGACGACGCCCCUCGUCGACGCCGCGGCGUGCGGCGACGCGCGGCACGCGCUGCUGCGGCGCGCCUUCGGCUGGGACGCGCCCGUCGGAGUGGACACCGUCGCGCGGCAGCUCGCGGCCGUCGCCGCCGCGGAGCACUCCGACGGCGCCGCGCUCGCCGCGCUCGUGCCGCGGCUCUACGGCGUGCUCGACGCGUCCAUCCGCACGGACGCCGCGUCGACGGCGGCGAUCUUGGCGGGCCUGGGCGACGGAUGCCCCUCCGUCUACGUCGCCGCGGGCGCGACGCGCUUCGCGCGGCCCGACGACGUCGCCUUCGCCGGCGGCGACGUCGCGACGGCGCCCUACCUGCACCGCGUGCCCCCGGACCUCGCCUGCUUCCGCCACUUUUUGGAGGCCGUCGGCGUGCGAAAACGCUUCGGCCCCGCGGACUACGCGGGCGUGCUCCAGAGGCUGAAGCAACCCGACGGCGCGCCCCUGGCCCAGGACGACCUCGACCUCGCGCUGCGCCUCGUCUUCGCGCUGGGCGCCGACGCGUCCCUGACGGCGGAGAAGUGUGUCGACAUGGACGUCGUGGCGCCCGACGAGGCCGGCGCGCUGCGGCCGUGCCGCGAGCUGGUCUUCGACGACGCGCCGUGGCUCCGCGACGCCAAGGCCGACUUCCGGGUGACGCACCCGACGGUCGCCGCGGCCCACGCGAAGAAGCUCGGCGCGCGGUCCCUGCGGCGCGCGCUCCUGGACCGCGGGCUCGCGGCGGGCGCGGAAAAGGCGUCGAUCUUCGGGGACAACGUGGAAACCGAGGCCUUCGGGCAACGGGAAUCGCUGACGCGGCGCCUCGCGCACAUCCUGCAGCUCUACCCCGAGGGGUCGGGCAUCCUCAACGAGCUCGUCCAGAACGCGGACGACGCGGGCGCGUCGGAGGUGCGCGUGUUGCUCGACGCGCGGUCCGCGGCGACGCGCGGGGCCCAGUCGCUGCUCUCGGCGGGGCUCGCGGCCUGGCAGGGCCCCGCGCUCUGCGUGUCCAACGACGCGGGUUUUACGGAGAGCGACUGGCGGAAUUUGGUGCGCGUCGGCCAGGGCUCGAAAUUGGAGAACUUCAAGACGACGGGCCGCUUCGGCCUCGGGUUCAACAGCGUCUACCACCUGACGGACGUGCCCCAGGUCGCGUCCGGCGACCACGUCCUCUUCCUCGACCCCCACGCCGACGGCCUCGUGCCCGGCGCGACGCCGCAGCGGCCGGGCCUCCGCGUCAAGUUCACGGGCGGCGCGGACCUGCCGGCCGCGUUCCCGGACCAGUUCGCCUCCUGGGCCGACUGCGGCUGCGACCUCGAAAAGCCGUUGGAAGGGACGCUCUUCCGCCUGCCGCUGCGGUCGCGCGCCGCGGCCGCGACGUCGGAGAUCUCGAAGCAGCACUACGGCGUCGAGGAGGCCGAGGCGCUCUUAGAGCAGUUCAAGGCGCAGGCGACGUCGGUGCUCCUGUUCUUGAGGCACGUGCGCGCGGUGACCGUGACCGUGCUGCGCGACGGCGGCGAAAGCGAGACCGUGUUCCGCGCCGCGGCGCGCGAGGACCCGCUGGGGUCGCCGGACGUCGACGGCGCCGCCGUCCUCGCGGGCGAAAACCCGCGGGCGUCGGCGGACGACCCGCUCGCGGCGCUCGGCGGCGCGACGAAGGCCGAGUUCUACGCGCGUCUCCUCGCGACGCCCGAGGCGUCGCUGCCGCGGCGCCUCGCGAAGGUGACCGUCGCCUUCGAGGCGCGGGGCGCCGUCGCCGUCGAGGCCUACGCCGUGUCGAGCUGCGUCGGCGGCGGCGCGGCGCGGGCCAUGGCCUGCGCGCCGGAGCACGCGGGCCACAAGUUCGUGCCCUUCGGCGGCGUCGCCGCGCGGCUCGGCGCGCGCGGCGGCGGCCGGUGCUACACGUUCCUGCCCGUGCCCGUGCGCACGGGCCUCCCCGUGGACGUCAACGGCUACUUCGAGCUCUCGUCGAACCGGAGGGACGUGUGGCACGGCGAGGACAUGGCCGGCGCGGGCCGCCUCAAGUCGGAGUGGAACGUCGCGCUCCUGCGGGACGUCGUCGCGGUCGCGUACGCGCGCCUCCUCCUCGCGCUCGGGGCGGCGGGUGCGGAUCUGUGGCCGCUGGAGGCGGGCGCGGGGCCCUGCUGGGACGCGUGCCGCGCGGCCGUCUUCGACGAGGCGCGCGAACUCCCCUUGCUGACGACGGACCUCGACGGCGGCCGCGCGAUCGAGCCCAAGCGCUGCGUCGCGGCCCGGGCCGAGGACGGGGCCAUCGCCGACCUGCUGCUCCUCGAGCGGCUCCCCGUCGUCGCGCUGGAGCCGGCGCUCCACGCGGCGCUCGUCGCGUCCAAGUGCGUCGGCGCGGAGUGUUCGCCGAAAUUCGUCCGCGCGUUCUACGCGAAGAGCGGCGCGACCUACGCCGCGGGACACGCGCGCGCGGGCCAGCGGCGCGCGUCCCUGGCGACGCCCGAGGGCGUCGCGGCGCUCUGCGCGUACGCGCUCGCCGACGCGCCGGCCGACGUCGCCGCGCUGCCCUUCAAUCUGACGGUGGACGGGUCCCUGGGGCUCUUGGGCGGCGACGGGCCCGUGGUCUCCGUCGCGGACCCGGCGACGCCGGAAUUUCGAAUUUUGGAGCCCGUGGUCCCCCGGGUGCUGGCCCACGCGGCCGUCGCGCCCGUGCUGCUGGCCAAGCUCCCGAAAACGAGCGACGCGACGCGCGCGGCGCCGCCCGACGCCGCGGCCGUCGGCCGCGCCGUCGCCAAGGCCCGCUUCGACGCGCCGCCGGGCGACGUCGUCGCCUGGGACCCGCCGGCGGCGGGCGCGGGGUCCCGGGCCUGGGUCGGCGACGUCUGGGCGUGGCUCGCGGCGAACGACGCGCAAAAAACCCUCGCGGCGACGCACGCGCUCGCGCCCUGCGUCGCCGGCGAGGGCGACGAGCACCCGCGCGCGCUCCGCGACUGGCUCGCCGAGGCCGCGGCGGCGGGCGGCGCGCUCGACGGGCUCCCCGAGGCCAAGAUCUUCAAGGUGUUGGGGUCCCACCGCCACGCGGCGCUCGCGGCCGGCGCGGCGCUGCCGCCGCCGCGCGUCGACGCCGCGCUCCUCAACGCCGCCGCGGCCGAUCUCGACGUCCUCGAGGAGUCGGACCGCGGGUCCCGGGACCUGCUGCGCGCGCUCAAGUGGCCGCGGCUCGACGACGAGGCCUUCUUCGCCCGGGCCGCGCCGGCCGUCGCGGCCGCCGGCGACCCGGCGGCCGCCGUCGCGUUCCUCCGCGACCUCGGCCACCGCGCGCCGCGGCUCCUCGACGGCGGCGACGUCGGCGCCGUCGUGCCCUGCGGCGCCGACGGCGCCGGGCGCCGGCGCGCGGGCGAGCUCUACGACCCGGCGGAGCCGGGGCUGCCGGAGCUCCUCGACGCGGACCGGUUCCCCGCGCCGGCCGUCGCCGGCGACGCCGAGGCCAUGCGGUCCCUGCGGCGCCUAGGGCUCCGGCGGCGUCUGGACCACGUCGGCGUGCUCGCGUCGGCCCGGUCCGUCGCGCGCAUCGCCCGGGACGCCGACGACGCCGGCGACGCGGCGCUCAAGGCGUCCGCGGCGACGCGGGGACGCGCGCUGCUGCGGAUCCUCGACGGCCACGCGGAGGCGCUCCUCGAGGGCGCGGGCCUCGAGGGCGCGGACGCGUCGGACGACUCCGGCUCCGAGUCGGACGGCCCGAUCGCGGGCCGGCGGGCGUGGGUCGCGGCGCUGCGGCGCGAGCGCUGGGUGCCCACGCUCGAGGCUCCGCCCGACGCGGAGGCGCUCUUGCCCUGGGCGGGGCCCUGGCUCUGCGCGCCGGACGAAGCGCGGCCCCUCGACGACGCCUGGGCGUGCUCCGCGUCGCUCGGUUUGGUCGCCAAGGCGGACGAGCCGCGGAGCGAGGCGGCGCUCGCGGCGCUCGGCUGGCGCGACGACGCGGCCCCGGCGGCCGUCGCGGCGCAGCUCGUCGCGCUCGCGGGUCGGGGGCCCGGCGACGCGGCCUGGGGCGUCGCGCUGGGCCUGCGGACGCCGCAGCUCUACGGCGCGCUCGGCCGGCGCCUCGCGGCCGAGCGGGGCCUGAGUAGGGGAGAAGGCGCGUUCCAGCACGCGGAAACACUCCUCCGGGCCGCGCCCUGGCUCUGGCUCGGCGACAAAUGGGCCGCGGGCGCGAGCGUCGCGUUCUCCGCGCCCGAGGUCGCGGACGUCGACUGCCUCCACGAGUGCCCGGCGGCGCUCGCGGCGGCCCACGGGCCCCUGCUGCGCGCGCUCGGCGUCCGCGAGGCCUUCGACGCCGCGGACUUUGCGCGGGCGCUCCGCGAGGGCUUCCCGGGCGGCGAGCCCCUCGGCGAGAGCCGCGCGGCGACGGCCGCGGCGCUCGUGGGGCUCAUCGCGGCGAGCGGCUUCGAGUCCGUCGACGAGCUCGAGGCCGCCGUCGGCGGCGACGUGCUCGCGCCGGACAGCGAGGGCCGCCUCGCGCCCGCGCGGCGGCUGGCCGUCGACGACGCGCCGUGGCUCUCGGCGCGCAUGCGCGAGAACGCGGUCGGCGCGCUGCGGCUCUGCCACGGGGCCGUGGCCGGGGACGCGGCGCUCGCCGUCGGCGCGCGGUCGCUGCGGGCCCUCCUGCUCGCGGAGGUCGAGGCGACGCAGGCCGUGCCCUGUCCCGCGGCGCCGGCGGCCGGCGACGCUUUGGAGGCCGCGCUGCCGGACGUGCUCGCGGCCGCGGACGGCGCGCUGGGCGCUAGGAGCGUCGCUCUGGUCUUCGACGCGCGGACCCACGGCGCGGCGAGCCUCGUGCACCCGGCGCUCGCGGGCGCCCAGGGCCCGGCGCUCGUGCUCUGGGUCGACCACGACGGGCCGGUCGGGACGGAGGCGCUCGUGCGCCUCCUGUCGCCGGGCGCGGCGGCCGUCGGCCGCGGCCUCGCGGGCGCCUUCUCGCUGAGCGACUGCCUCUUCGCGCUCAACCGCGACACGCUCCACGUCUUCGACCCGUCGGGCGCCUUCCUCGACGACGGCGGCGGCGAGAAGCGGCCGCCGGGGCCCGCGGGGCGGCGCUACCAGUUGGGCGACGGCGAUCUCAUGCGCAAGUUCCCGAACCAGUUCGAGCCCUUCGCGCACCUGCCCUUUGGCGUCUCCGAGCGCGGCAUCGCCGCGGGGACCAUCCUGCGGCUGCCGCUCCGCGGCGACUUCUUCGUCGACGGCGAGUUGGACGUACCGCGCGUCGACGGCCUCCUCCGGAGCUUCGAGGCCGGCGCGGAGCGCGCGCUCCUCUUCGGGCACGCGCUCGCCGGCGUGACGACGCACGUCUUCUCCGGCGGCAACGCGCUCCUGCCGCGCUUCUCGGCGACGCGGAGCGGCGAGAAACUGCUGCCGCGCGACGGCUCCGGCUCGGCUUCUCCGGGCGACGCGCGGCGCCGGCUCCUCGCGAGCGACCGCGCGUGGCUGCCCAAGUCCAAGGUCGGCGCCUUCCUCGGCGGCCUCGGCGCCGCGCAGGUCUUCCGGCCGCCGGCGCUCCUCUACGAGUUCCGCGUCGUCGUCGCGACCUACGACGGCGACGGCGGCUGCGCGUCGCGCGCGGACGCGUGGCUCGCUUUAGGCGUCCUCGCGCCGUCGGCGGCGCUCCGCGAGGCCGCGGCGGCCGCGCGGGACCGCGUCGGGCGCGACGCCGACGCGCCCCUCGUGACGCUCGCGGCCAAGGUCGACGGCGAGUGCGACGGGGCGGCGCGGCUCUCCGCGCGCGGCGCGGACGCGGGCGUCGACCUCGCCGGCGUGCUGCCCAACGUCUUCGUCGACGCGCCCGUCUGCGUCGACGGCGACGCGCCGGCGACCUUCUCCGGCGGCGCGCUGGAACGAAAGUUGUGCCGCGGCGGCGCCAAGCUGUGCGUCCGGGGCCGAUGGAACGACGCGCUCUGGCGCGCGGCGCUCUGCGACGUGCUCCCGCUCUUCCUGGGCCACCUCAAGGACCGGCUGCUCAUGCGCCACGCGCUCUAUCGGUUCUGGCCGCGCCUCGCCUUCGGCCUCGGCGACGCGGCGCCACCGCCGGAGGCGACGGCCGUCGUCGACGGCGGCGGCGGCGCGCCCCUGGCCGUCGUCGACGCGGCGCCCCUCGCCGCGGCCGUCGUCGACGCGUCCGGCGCGGCGGACGCCGACACGGAUGCCGCGUGCCCGCUCCACGGCGCGGCCGCGGCCCGGGCCGCCGCGCGGCGGCUCGCGGCCGAGCCCCUCUUCCUCUCCGGCGACGGCGCGACCUACGUCGCGGCGUCCGGGGGCCUCUUCCGCGCGGACCCGCUGCCCUUCCGCGUCGAGGGCUUCCUCCAGCGGCGCAUGGCGCUGCUCCGGGCGCCCGCGGCCGUCGGCAGGGACCUCGACGCCGCCGCGCCCGGGACCGCGCGACGGGCGACGCCCGCGGCGCUCCGGCGCGCGCUCGCGGCCGAGGACGACGGCAAGCUCCGCGGCGAGCUCGCCGCCGGCGGGCCCGACGAGUGCUGGCGCCUCGCGAGCCAGCUGCUGGACUUAUGCUGCGCGGACGCCGUCGCCGCGGCGGACGACGGCACGGCGCGCGGCCGCGAGGCGCGCCAGCGGUGCUGGGCCGAGGUCAAGCACCUGCCCCUGAUUCCCCUCGAGGACGGGAGCGUCGCCGCCUGCCGGCCGCGGCGCCGCGUCUUCGACGGCCCGACGACGACGACGGGCGCGCCGCUCUUAGCUACGCCCCGGCAAUCGGCGCUCUGCCCGGGCCUCGCGCGCCGCGUCGUGCGGUUGAGGGCCGCGAAGGCCGCGCCGGCGCUCUUCGACGGCGGACCGUUGAGCCUCGAGUUCGCCACGGCCGUCGGCCUCGAGCGCUUCACGCUGGCGACGCUCGCGGCGGAGCUCGCGGCGCCCUGGGGCGACCGGCUCCCGGCCGACCGGCGCCACUUCGUCGCCGAGUUCUGGCGCGAGGUCGACUUCGAGGACCCGCACGCCGUCGCGCUCUUCGGGGACCUGCCCCUCAUCCCCCUCGAGGGCGGCGGCGCGCUGGCCUGCCGCCACCGCGACGCCGUCGUCGCGGAGCCGAGCGACCUGCGGGCCGACGACGCGGCGCUCGAGCGCGAAUUAGCGGCGCUCGCACGUGCGGCGGACGCGGCGCGGCGCGAGGCCGCGGCGGACGAGGCCGCGGCGGACGCGGCCGAGGACGAGCUCGAGCGGCGGCGCUGCGCGGAGAUGGGCGAGGACCGCGUCGCACGCGCGCGGCCCCGAACCCCCCCAGAAAACGUCGCCGACGCGCCGCGCGCGGCGGAGGCGCCGACGCCCGCGGGCGACCGCGACCGGACGCGGCGCCUCUUCGGGGCGCUGCGCGCCCUCGGCGCGCCCAUCCUCGAGGCGCGCUACUGGCCGCCGGACCGCCGCGGCGCCGUCGUCGCCGCGGCGAACGGCGGCUCCGUGAAGGCCAAGGCGCUCCGGUGCCUCGGCGCGGCGCCGGCGCUGAAAUGGGACCGCCUCGACGGCGCGGCGACGACGGCGCUCCUCGAGGAGCUCCACCCCUGCGCGACGUCGCCGUCGCUCGUCGCGACGCUGCGGACGCUGCCGCUCUUCAAGACGCUCGGCGGCGACUUCGCGCCUUUGGGCGGCGAGGGCGACCUCGAGGCCCUGAGCCCGCGCGCGCUCGACGCCGUGCGACCCUACGCGGCGCCCGCGGACCUGGCGGGCUUCCUCGAGCGGCCGGCGACGGCGGCGCUGCGCGACCUCUACGCGGACCUGCGCGUCCCCGAGGUCGACGUCGCCGCGGCCGCCGCGCGCGUCUGCGCGCCGCGCUUGAAGGCCGGCGACCUGCCGCCGGCCGUCGAGCGGGAUCUCGUCGACUUUCUCGUGGAGCACUGGGACCCGGAGCUGCGGCGCUGCCAGCCCCUCGUCGACGCGCUCGCGCCGUGCGCGUUCGUGCCCGUCGGCCCCGCGGAACCGGACCGGUCGGCGCCGCGGGCCAAGAAGCGCGCGGACGAGCUGCUCGACCCCCAGGCCCACGAGGCCCUCGACGCGGCCCUCGUCCCCGCAGCGGACUGCCGCAGCGCGCCCUGGCUGCGCCUGCUCCGGGACCUGGGGCUGAAGAGGCGCGUCGACGCGAAGACGUUCCUCGACGCCGCCAAAGCCGCGGCGGCCGCGGCCGACGCCGGCGCCGCGCGGCGGCUGCUCAAGGCGCUCUACACGGACCACGCGCUCGCGACGGACGACGGCCUGCUGGCGUCGCUCGCGCCCGUGGCCUUCGUGCCCUGCUGCGACUACGCGCGCGGCGGCGACGUCGUCGACGACUUCUCGUCCUUCGACGCGCUCGUCGCGCCGGGCGACCGGCGCGUGGCCUGGCUCGGGGCGAAGGUGCUGCGGCCGGGCGACGCGCCGCCGCGGGUCCUGUGGAACCCGCUCGGCCUCCGGAGCCCGCCGGCGCCCGCGACGGUGCUCGCGCACGCGCGGCGCCUCGCGGCGGACCCCGGGGCCGCGUGCCGCGCCGUCGCGCCCCUCGGCGGCGGCGCGCACGACGCCUGGCGGCGCGGCGUCGCGCCGGCGGAGGCCUUCGGGGCGCUGUUCGACUAUCUGGACGCCGCGUGGGACGACCUGAGCCCCGCGGUGCGAGCGGCGCUGCCGUCGUUCGCGCUCGUGCCGACGGACCUGGACGCGCGGCGCGUCGCGACCGUCGCCGCGGCGUCGGGGACGGCCUUCCUCGAGCUGCCCGACGACGAGCCCUGGGCGCUCGCGCCGCUGCUCUUCGAGGUGCCGCGCGGCCUGCCGUCGCGCGACGUGCUCGAGCGCCGGUUCGGCGUUUUGCGCGCGCCCGCGCCCGGCGACGUCGCGGCCGCGCUGCGGCGUUUAGGCGCGCGGCGCCUCGACCCCAACGAGGUCCGGGCGGCCUGCCGCCUCGUCGGCCUCCUCGCGCGCGCGGGCGGCGCCGGCGACGUGAUGGUGCCCGACGCGACGGGCGUGCCGCGCCCGGCGUCUAGGACGUUCUUCGUCGACGCGCCGCACCUUGCGGCGCGGCUCGGCGCCGCCGGCGCCUUCGCGGCGCACCCGCGCCUCGACGGCGCGACCUGCGCCGCCGUCGGCUGCCGCCGGCUCUCGGAGGCGGCCGCCGAGACCGUACAAACCGCGGACCGCGACGGCGACCUCGUCGGCGUCGAGCCGUCCGAGGCCCAGCUCAAAGCGACGCUGCGGUCCCGCGAGCUCGCGGGCGCGCUCGCGGGCCUCGCGGCCGAGUCCGGCGACGGCGACGGCGCGGACGCGGACGGCCUCGCGGCCGAGCUCUCCGGCUUCGACGUCCGCUACGUGUCGCGCCUCGAGACGGCCGUGGCCCUCGACGCCGGCGCGCCCGCGGCGGCCGCGCGGCGCGUCGCGCACGUCGACGGAAACGGCAAGGUGCUCUACGUCGCCGCGCGCGACCUGCCGCGGGGCGUGCUGUCGCCCGGCGCGGUGGCGGCGCCGGCGCUCCUCCGCCACCUCCGGCUGCCGCCCGCGCUCGCCCACGGCUUCGGCGUGCUCCUCAACGCGCCGCCGAAGCGGCUCCGCGCGUCCCUCGCGCUCCUCGCGGGCGACGCGGACGGCGGCGCGGGCGCCGACGACCGCCGCGCGGCGCUCCGGCGCGGCGCGCCGGGCGCGGCGCUGGACGCCGCGGACGCCGCGAAGAUCGCGCCCGCGCCGCCGGGCCACGGCUUCCACCGCGGCGAGGUCGUCGCGCUCCGCCGCGGCGCCGGCUUUUACUACGGCGUCGUCCGCGACGCGGACGGCGGCGCCGCGGAGACGGUCCGCGUCGAGACGUCGCGGCGGACGACGGACCGCGUCGCCGCGACCGCGGACGCCGCGGACGCGCCCGACGAUGGCGCGCCGCCGCCGCCGCCGCCGCGCGACGACGCGGCGGCGCUCCUCGAGACCGUCGGCGCGCUCCUCGCGCGCGCGGGCGCGCCGCCCCUCGACGCGGACGGCGCGGCGCUGCGGGGCGAGCUCGACGCCGCGCGGCGCGCGCUCGCGGCCGCGCGGGCCGACGCCGACGACGCGCGCGCCGACGCGGCGGCCGCGCGGCGCGAGAACGCGGCCGCGGUCCGCGAGCCGCCGGCCGAGUUCCUCUGCGCGAUCACGCGCGAGUGCAUGGUCGACCCCGUCAUCGCCGCGGACGGCUUCUCCUACGAGCGGUCGGCCAUCGAGCGCUGGUUCCGCGCGAAGCGCACGUCGCCGCAGACGAACGCGCCGCUCGCGUCGACGGCCCUCGUCCCCAACAUCGCCCUGCGGGGGCUCAUCGAGGGCUUCCACGAGGGCCGGUAA